CUUGUCGUGGACGCGUCCCAAUAAGUAUGCGUGGCCACUUCGCCACUAGCGGGCCUCUCCUCAGCACGAUCAGCACAACUCUUCUUUCUAGUCUAGUAGAGAGAUAGAGAAAGGGUCUCUCCCAAUGUCAGAUCAGUCGCGACAGUCUCCACGAUCUCCACUCGUCAUGACUUCACCCAGCCGUCCCUCACCACUCUCGCGACCCCACUGGCCAUGGUCGACCUAUACCCAUAGGUCCUCUUCAUCCUCAAGCUCUGUCCAUAGUAAUCCCUAUAGCUCAACCCCUACUCCGGUUAGCUGGGAGUCUAGAAACGUUGUAACCAAUCCCAGUCCUAUCCUGGUGUCAACUUCCGGCAAUGGCAAGCGCAACACGGGCCCUUCAGGCUCAUUACACUAUACUGUGUUAGAAGAGUCUACCACGAGGCAAUGGUCAUUCAGCGCAUUCGAGUGGAUCGUCCGAGAUGUUCGUAGAUUGAGAGACUUCGUCGAGGCUCCAGAAGCAACAGAUCAGACUGACGAGUCUGACGAACCUGCUACACCCGAUGCAGGCUAUUUUGAGAUAUUAAGGGAAUCACCUGUUAUUGGUGACGGCAAGUUCAAGUUGGAGAUAGCGAAGACGCCUAUUCUCGAAAACCCAGAAGAGAUCCCAGCACCAGCUAUGAAGGCUCAAACUCAGACGUUGUCGCUUUACAUUACAUCGCUGAUGGUGGACUUCCCGCAUACGGAGUAUGAGAUGUCAACUUCACUCUUCGCUGCUAUCAAGUGCCAGGACGAUAAAGUGGGAGAACGUGGAGCACGUCCUGACUGGGCAUGGGAGUACUGGCAUGACGGAUGGGUGUUUAGGCAUGAAAGCGAAGUAUGGGAAUGUCCAUUACCACCCCUUUCGUCUUUGCUCGAGAAUCCGAGAAUUAAGGAGACCGAUUCAUUUGUAAUAUGUGUACAAAUGCACUCACCAACGGGGCCUUUCUUCCCUCAGCAACCAUCGGCAUACUAUGUGCCUCGUGAUCUGCUAGAAGGCCUUGAAGCAUCACUGGACAACCCUAACACCGGAGAUGUUCAAUUCAUUUGUUUGGAACGCCAGGAAGCGCGAGAAGAAUUGCGAGAGCAGCAGACCUCACCGCCUAUCACUGCAGAGACCCUGAGUGCAUCUUCAACUUCUCAGCUGUUGCUCCCGCGUGCGACAGCGCGAAAGCGAGUAAUCUAUGCGCAUUCUGACAUCCUCAUCCGUCGCUCGGAUUACUUUGCCACCAUGCUCAGCUCGUCCUUCUCCGAGAAUACCGCAGGAAUCGUCUAUCCCGGAGAACGCAAGAUCUACACAGUUGUCGUCGAAGAAGCCGACUUUAUCACCAUAUACUGGCUGUUGAAGUUCGUAUAUGCUAAUUGGGUUUUAUUUCGCAAGGAUGACGACCCUAGAGAAGCUGUCGAUGGCAUCGGAGCCGGCUGGAGUGCCCGUGGGCUCGGUACCUCUGAUAAUGUGGACGAAUGGGGAUGGAAGACAUUGUCGAAAGGCACGGCUCUCGAUGCAUCAAACUCUGGAGGAGCGAGCGAUACGCGCAGCGUGACCAGCGCAGGAAGUGUUCAAUCCAAUGGGGCCGGUAGUGGGAAGUCCGCCGACAAAGAGAAGCAAGUCAAACCAGCGCCAAUCACGCAAACUCCUCCUUCUAGGACCCCCUCUUCAGCGAAAGGAACGCCAGUGUCUUCGCGCGUGAGUACCUCUCAGUCUCGCCGUUCUGGGCCCUCUUCGGGCGCUGGUGGGCCACCGACUCCUUCCGUCUCUAGCUCGAACGCUGUAUCGACGUCCCGGAUGAUGAAGCCGGUCCCUGUACCUAUUUCGCCCCCGGCAGGUGCCUAUGCAUCUUCGUCCCACCACUCGAUGUCUCCGCGCCAGCCCCGCCAACGGUCUCACCCGCCGAUGGCAUCGACCACUGACCCGCACGCCCACCCCACUUCCCCGCCCCCGCCCGCAUCGGCCCUGUCGAUGUACCAGAUCGCUCACAGAUACGGGAUGCCUGGCCUGGCCACUCUGGCCCUGGAGCACAUCAUGUCGACAAUUACACCUCAGUCCAGUUUUGCCAUCUUGCUGGCGGCGGCUACGUGGGAGGAACUGCACAGCCUUGUUGAGGACUAUGUCGUCGAAAAGUGGGACGAUGUGUCCGUAUCCAAUGAAUUCGAACGGUGCUGCCAGGAAGUAGCAAGCGGAGAAUGGGGCCCUGCUGGAGGUAAGACCAUGAUGGCCUUAUUCAGGCGUCUGCGCUCUCCGAGUGCCGCGACGUGAUUGGUUUUGAGUCUCUUGUCUCUUCUCUUUUGUCUAAUAAGCGUUCCUGUGAUUUUCAUGUCUGUAUUAUAUAUGGAGCGUAGAUUCCAGUUAGCGCCCUGCAAAUUGAUACAUUGUAGAUACUAUGACGUCCACUACCGUUGUAUACAUGGUUUCCAAGCCGGGCGCAUCAGCAUGCAAUGGAAGCAAUAUCUGUGUCAAGACC